AUGAUUGCUACAAUGUAUACUCAACAACAAGUGGCUUCUAUGCCUCCACAACAAAAACCAUCUAUUCAAAAAAUACUCGAUGAUAAUUCUCAAUUAAUAUCCGUAAUACUUGAUUUACAAACUAAAGGAAGACAAAUGGAAAGUCUUGAAUAUCAACGAACUUUACAUCGAAAUUUGACAUAUUUAACUCAAUUUGAUAUGACACAAUCACAUCAUCCAAAUACUUUACCACCACCCGACGCAUUUGUUCAAGCACAACAACCCAACAUGAUGGGAAAUGCUAUGAUGCAGCCCAAUCAAUUGGGUGUACCAACAUCAACAUCGGAGCAAAUGUACCGGACGCAAACCAAUAGUCCAGCGCCAUCGAAUGUUUCUGCAUCAGCUUUAAACAAAAGUCCACAUGGUAGUAGUAGUGCCGGUGGUCUUUAUCCACCAUCGAAUGCCCAAACUAGUAAUUCAUCUGUUCCUCCAUCACUUCAACAACAACGAUCACCGGCAGGUUCAGUUCCAUCACCAUCUCCAUCUGGUCCACUAGCAUCUUCAAUUUCUCCACAAAAUUCAGUAAUGAAUAAAGCACCAACACCACAACCACCAUCAUCAACUCAUCUACCUCCAAUGUCUCAACAACAGCAAAGACCCUAUUUACCAACACAACAAAUGAUACAACAGCAACAACAAGGCAGACCUAUGAAUGGUACUGGAAUGGACCAUUCAACAGGUGGACAAGCACAAUCUUCAUAUAUGCAAGGUCAACAAUCUUAUAUGCCUCAACAACAACAACAACAUUCUUAUUCAUUACAACAAAAUGGUUAUGCACAUCAUCCAAAUGGCGGCAUGCCACAACAACAUUAUCCGAUGUAUCAUCAGCAACAGAAUCCGGGCAUGUCAGUUCCAUCCAAUCAAAUUGCUAAACCAAAUUCACCAUUAAAUAGUCAACAACAAUCAAUUAUCCCAGCUCCAUCAUCACCGAAGCCAUCAUCCUCGAGUUCACCUUCUCAAGCAACAAACACACAAAAUCUCGUUUCGAAUCAGCAGCAGCAGCAGCAGCAGCAACAACAACAACAACAAAUGCCAUAUAGUAAUUAUGCUGGACAACAACAGAUGUAUCAUCAACAACAACAAAAUUACCAUAUGCAACAACAACAAUGGCAAAAUCAACAGCCUCGAAUGAUGAUGCAACCUCAAUAUGCACCAUAUCAACAAGGACAAUAUCAGCAAGCUCCACCGCAGACUUAG